ACGGCAAUAAUCAAUACCGUACAACUUGCAGGGCGGUCAUUUGUGUGUGCGUGUGCGCGUCCGUGGAGAAAUCGUAGUGUUUCUGAUGUCCACGAUGGGAUGAUAAUAUUAUGCAUGCGUUAUUUUAAUAAAAUAAUCCCACGAAGACACAGAAACCGACGGCGAUCACUGCAGAAUAAUAAACACGCAUGCAUAUUGUACGCAUAAAGCAAUGGCCGAUUCUGAGUUCGAAGAAUUCAGGCAAAUAUUCGAAUCGCUACCCCAACAUCUGAGGGCGUCCGCGCAGACUUAUACUCUAGUUCACGAUGUAUUAUCAGACGAAGAGUCAACGACUGAAAUUAAAAUCAAUACAAAUGUUGAUACCGAUAAUGCUUUCAAUGUGUUUUCCAUGUCAGACGACGAUCAAAAUGAGACAAAGAAAAAUCAAAUUGUGCGUUUAAGGCAUGAAAAAAGAAGAAGAAAAUUACCCGAAUUACCGAAAAAUAGAACUGGUUCGGUGUUAAGUUUGGCUGAUGAAUUAGGAGAAGUAUUUUCAUCAGACAGAAGGAAAUCGUUCGUAUCGGGAGUGCGAGACUUUGAAUGUCGAUCUCCAGACUCGGGUAUAUCGUUAGUUCAUUCACCCGAGAGAGCCAAAUCUAGUUCACCACAACAGAUAGAUACUCCAACUCCAGCAUCUUCAUGUUCAUCGGGUCUUCCAUUAUCUCAAUUAGAGCUAUUAGAGGCCACGCACAGAGGACUAUACAAGUUCGUUCCCAGACACCGGGACGAGAUGGAAGUGGAUAUCGGUGAUCCGAUUUACGUGCAAAAAGAAGCUGAAGACUGUUGGUGCGAAGGAGUUAAUCUACGCACUGGCGCUCAAGGAGCGUUUCCGUCCGCGUACGCAGUAGACGUCGAGUACACGGAUUUCGAUUCUGCAACACCCAAGGUGAAACGAGAACGGUUUCUUUUGGGAUAUAUGGGUUCGGUGGAGACAAUGUGGCACAAAGGAAAUUCUGUACUGUGUCAAGCAAUACGCAAGAUAACAGAACGACCCAAUUGUAAACCACAAUCGUGCAUACUUGAGGUAUCGGACCAAGGACUUCGAAUGGUUGAUCGUGCCAAAUCUUCUACGAUGCAGACUAGAGAUUCGAGUACACCAUGCCAAGAUUAUUUUUACUCUUUAAAAAACGUAUCGUUUUGUGCGUUUUACCCGGAUGACAACCGAUACAUGGGGUUCGUUACUAAACAUCCGACAUGUCAGAGGUUUGCGUGUCACGUGUUUAAAGCAAACGAAUCGUCGAGACCAGUGGCGGAAGCGAUCGGACGUGCCUUCCAAAGAUUCUAUCAGAAAUACAUAGAGACAGCGUAUCCAGUGGAAGACAUAUAUAUCGAGUAAACGGAAGAAAAGACCGCGGUCAUCGUGUAACAUAAUAUGUGCGGAGGACUUUAUGAUGUUUAUAGGUGGACAGAAUCGUUUGAAAAUUUAGAACGAUAAAAACGAAUUUUCGUUAGAGAUAUUGUGUCGCAACAGCGUUUUUAUGAAACAAAUUCAACAUGUGAUAACAUACCAAAUAUCUAAUGUAUUUCAUUUAUAACUAGAUCAGUAUUAUCUGUUUUGCUCUUUUUAAAUGUUCCCAAAUACGACUACACUUAAUAUAUAGUCCCCAAGACAAGUUCUAUAAACAAUCUCAUUAGGAAUAAGGAUGAUAAAAUAUUAUAUAUUGUAU